ACUGAUACCUAUUUGUAGCUGUGCCCUGAAUCUUAUGUCACUUCUCAAAGUUGGUCAGACCCUUCGAGGUAUGCUGGGAAAAUAUGUCAUCAGGAAACAGAUUCAAGAGACGGUUUGGUUCGCAGAGAAUCAACGCAAGGAAACAGUUGUGGUCAAAGGAGUCCAAGGCCACCCCCGCGUCGAAAAUGAGAGAGACCUUUUGCAACGAUUCCAGCCUUCUAUAACUCAUUUAAGACCACUACUAGAUGAGAUUCAAGAUCCUGCCGCGCCACCCAUCAUCGUGCUGAAACACCUUGAUGAUCACCUUCUAAAUUCAUCGAUAAAGAAAAUUCUGAACCAAAAGGAACUAAAGUUUGUUGCAAGGUAUAUACUAGAAGCAUUGAGUGUGCUCCAUAAAGAAGGAUAUGUGCACACGGAUGUUAAGCUUGACAAUAUCUUCGUUAAUUACCAGAAUGGCGAUAACAGGUUCUCCGAGGUCCAGCUCGGUGAUCUUGGUGGCUGUUAUUCCGUCGACAGCGAGUUCGCUAGGGGAGGUACACCUGUAGGGGCAGCUAUGUGGUCGAGUCCCGAAGUAAUCAUGGAAACGCCGUGGAACACGGCAACGGAUAUUUGGUCUUUCGGAACGGUGUUGAUCAGCCUUAUAUAUGGGGGUGACUUCAACCUGUUCCGACCCCGCACAGUUCCUUAUGGCCAUGAAGAAUACAACCUAGAGGUUUUAAAGCAGCAGUUCCGCUAUUUUGGCCCCUUUCCAGCAAAGUACGAAGAAAUUGCGAGCCCGGAAACUGUCACGGCGAUUUUAUACCUGAUGCAUGAGAUUCCUCAAUCACAAACAACUCCCUUUUCCCAGACAACAGAGCGUGAAGUGUCUCUGAAAGACAAAGAAUUCAUUUCAAAGAUAAUGAAGCUGGAUUGGAGGGAUAGGCCGACAGCACAGGAACUUUUGAACGAUAGAUGGUUUCUAAACUGGUGAAUCUUCAUGUGAAGAUUUGCCGUCGAUCUAGGCCCCGUCGAUCCUCUUUGCUAACUCAAAAGGACAGAAACGUCAUUCAAGACUGCUAUAAUGGAUCUUCUUACAUAUACAUCUUUUUUUAACUACAACCAGACGAAAAAUUUUGGUAAUAUCAGGAUCGUAAGUAUUCCACCAAUAGGGCUUUGAUGAUAGACAGAUGGAACGGCAGCGACAACCAAUUAGAAUUUGCGGACGGCAGAAUAUGCGCAGUAUGUGUAUUGGUCUUCAGAUUGUGGUCAGCCUAGCUCAAGCGGCUGGUUGCCUGGAGAGGUGCACUUUGGGUUUCCGGUUUCUCACGAACCUGAGAUUGGCGAAGAGGGAAUUAAAUAUGAUCGCUGGUUGGUGCAUUCACUGGAAGAGAUCCCCGAACCACAAGACGUCCAAUAGCAUCAUUUUUGGGCAGCGCCUAGCGUCCUUCAAAUCGAUACAUAUCUCUUUUCUCAACGGCAUAAUUGCAGACAUUAAUAGCCCGAGACCUAAUUAACAUGACGUU